AUGGCAUUCAAAUUUAUCUGUUUCUUCGCUUUCCUCGCUUCCACACAAGCAAUUGCCUUGAACCCUCACCAAGCCUAUUCAGAUGCAUCUUCUGUAUCAUACUCCAGUGUAUCCACUCCACAAGGAUAUGAAGCACCAGCUUAUACCAAAUUAGCAGCGUCUGGACCUUACGCAUCCCCAGCUAUCACCAAAUAUUCAGCUCCAGUUUCAUAUUCCGCUCCAUCUUACAACAGUCCAGCUUACAAAAAAGCCAUUGGAUCUGAAGAUUACUCAGCACCAGCCCACUAUGAAUUCAAUUAUGCCGUUGAAGAUCCUCACACUGGUGACAUCAAAAGCCAACAAGAAACUCGUGAAGGCGACGUAGUAAAAGGAAGUUACUCACUAGUUGAAGCUGAUGGCUCAAAAAGAAUCGUAGAAUACACUGCUGAUGCUCACAGCGGUUUCAAUGCAGUUGUACACCGUGAACCUACCGCAUACCAAUCAAAACCUGUAGCUGCCUACGCCCAACCCACUUACAAAGUAGCUGCCCCAGCUACCUACGCUCAACCUACCUACAAAGUAGCUGCCCCAGCUGCCUACGCUCAACCUGCUUAUAAAGUAGCUGCUCCAGUUAACUACGCUCAAUCUACCUACAAAGUAGCUGCUCCAGUUAACUACGCUCAGCCUUCUUUGGCAAAAGUAGCUUAUACAAAUGCUCCUGAUGUGUCUUAUUCCAGUGUUUCUGCUCCUCAAUGGAAACAAACUGCUCCUGCUUAUUACCACUGAUUUCGUUAAUUGUUUUUUAUUGUUAAUUAUUGAUAAC